AUGCUCAAUGCCAAAUGCCAAAUGCCAAAUGCCAAAUGCCAAAUGCUCCAGUCCAGGACCCUCGCACGCUCAUUCUCUCAGAGACCCAUAAUCCCUACUAUAUCCCCUUCCUUCCGCACCGGAAGCAGAAGCAGAAGUCUAGCGACCGUCGUAGAGCCCAUACAGAAAGACCCGGCAGAACUCGACCAAGUAUCGACCUUACCAAAUGGCAUCCGUGUCGCGACGGAAGCCCUGCCAGGCCAUUUCUCGGGCGUGGGUGUAUUCGUCGAUGCCGGCUCCCGAUAUGAGAACGACUACCUGAAAGGUACGAGCCACAUCAUGGACAGGCUCGCCUUCAAAUCCACCCAGAAACGCACGGGUGACGAGAUGCUGGAAGCGCUGGAGAGUCUGGGUGGGAACAUACAUUGCGCGUCUUCAAGAGAAUCCUUGAUGUACCAGUCCGCAACCUUCAACUCCGCCGUCCCAGCGACCCUGGCCCUGCUCGCGGAGACGAUUCGGGAGCCGUUAAUCACGCAUGACGAAGUCAAUGAGCAGGUGCAGACGGCAGCGUACGAGAUUGGAGAAAUCUGGUCCAAGCCCGAGCUGAUCUUGCCGGAACUGGUGCAUAUGGCUGCGUUCAAGGACAACACGUUGGGGAACCCGUUGCUGUGUCCGGCCGAGAGACUUAGGGAGAUCACCAAGCCCGUUAUCGAGACGUACAGGAAUACCUUCUUUCGACCCGAGAGAAUGGUGGUCGCGUUCGCAGGGGUCCAGCAUGAAGAGGCUUUGCGAUUGACGGAGCAGUAUUUCGGGGACAUGCCGAAAUCAGAGACUCCUCUCCUCUCACAAGCAGGAGUUGCAACGUCUCCGGGCUCAUACACCGGCCAAAGCAGCUCGGAAUCUACGGCAUCCCCGCCACCAGAAGAGCCCUCCGGCAUACUAUCCCGCAUGCCCUUCUUCACAAAAGCCACGAACACCGCCCCAACCUUAGCGCCCUCCCCAGCAGACAUCACUAAAUCCGCCAAAUAUACCGGCGGCUUCCUCUCCCUGCCCAACCUUCCCCCGCCAAUUAAUGCCUCCCUGCCACCCCUCACGCACAUCCACUUGGCCUUCGAAGCCGUCUCCAUCUCCUCAGAGGACAUCUUCGCCGUUGCCGUCUUACAAACGUUACUCGGUGGCGGGGGUUCCUUCUCAGCCGGUGGGCCCGGCAAAGGCAUGUACUCGCGCCUCUACACCAACGUGCUAAACCAGCACGGCUGGGUCGAGUCCUGCGUCGCCUUCAACCACUCCUACACGGAUUCCGGCCUCUUCGGCAUCACAGCCAGCUGCUCCCCGGGGAACGUGAGCAACAUGCUCGAUGUCAUGUGUCGCGAGCUCCAAGCCCUGACCCUGGAAUCGGGCUACCAAGCCCUUCAAGUCGCCGAAGUCAACCGCGCCAAAAACCAGCUCCGCUCAAGCCUGCUGAUGAACCUCGAGAGCCGAAUGGUAGAGCUCGAGGACCUGGGCCGGCAGGUGCAAGUUCAUGGCCGCAAGUGGAGCGUGCGGGAGAUGUGCAGGAAGAUCGACGCGCUGACCGUGGAGGACCUGCGCCGGGUUGCGAGGACGGUCGUCACGGGCAUGGUGCAGAACCCCGGGCAGGGCAGCGGGGCGCCGACGGUGGUGUUGCAGGAGGGCGAGGAGGAGGCGGUGACGAGGCAGCCGUUCAAGUGGGCCGAUAUCCAGGAGAGGAUUUCAAGGUGGAAGUUGGGGAAGCGGUAG